AUGGCUCCCAAAUUAAAUAACCCAAAUUUAUUCCAAAACAAACCAUUUAUUAAUGGUCAAUGGUAUGAUUCCAAAUCAACCUCCACUUUUAAAGUCUAUGACCCUGCCACCCAAGAAUUAAUUAUUGAAUUACCUGAUCAAACCCCUGAAGAAAUUGAUGAGGCCAUUGCUAUUACUCAUAAGGCUUUCCAAACUUAUCAACGUACUCCAGUUUAUGAUCGUGCUAAAUGGUUAAGAAGAAUGUAUGAAUUAAUGAUGGAAAAUUUACAAGAUUUAGCUACUUUGAUUACUUGGGAAAAUGGGAAAUGUUUGACUGAUGCUUUAGGGGAAAUUAAAUAUGCUGCUAGUUAUUUUGAAUGGUUUUCAGAAGAAUGUAAACGUAAUUAUGGUCAUACCAUACAACCACUGAAUCAAAAUAAUAAGGUCAUUACUUAUAAACAACCAGUGGGUCCCGUUGGAUUAUUAUGUCCUUUCAAUUUUCCAAGUGCUAUGGGAGCAAGAAAAGCUGCACCAGCAUUAGCUGCUGGUUGUACAUGUAUUUUGAAACCUGAUGGUCAAACUCCCUUGAGUUCAUUAGCGUUAGGUUAUUUGGCUCAACAAGCUGGCUUCCCUGAUGGUUGUUUCAAUGUUGUUUUAACUUCAGUAACCAAUACGCCAAUGUGUGGUUUGAAAUUUUGCCAAUCACCAGAAUUGAAAAAAAUUAGUUUUACAGGAUCAACUAAUGUUGGUAAAUUAUUAAUGCAACAAUCAUCAUCAACUUUGAAAAAAUUAUCAAUGGAAUUAGGUGGUAAUGCCCCCAUUAUUGUUUUCAAUGAUUGUAAUUUAGAUCUUGCUGUUGAUCAAAGUAUAACUUCCAAAUUCAGAUCAUUGGGUCAAACUUGUGUUUGCGCCAAUCGUAUUUAUGUUGAAAGAGGAGUUUAUGAUGAAUUCUGUGAUAAAUUUGUUGACAAAGUAAAUCAAUUCAAAAUUGGUAACGGAUUCGAACCAGGUGUAACACAUGGUUGUUUGAUUAAUACAAAAGCCAUUGAAAAAGUUGAAGAUCAUGUUCAAGAUGCCGUUGGAAAAGGAGCAAAAUUAAUCGUUAAAGGUGGCAGAUUGCCUCAAUUGGGAGAAAAUUUCUAUUCCCCGUCAGUAGUUAAAGAUGUAACACAAGAUAUGAAAGUGGUUAAAGAAGAAACUUUUGGUCCUUUAGCAGCUAUUAUCCCAUUUGAUUCUAAAGAACAAGUGUUGCAAUGGUGUAAUGAUACUCCUUAUGGAUUGGCAUCGUAUAUCUUUUCGGAAAAUUUGAAUACCGUAUGGUACAUGUCGGAAUUUUUAGAAAAUGGAAUGGUUUCUGUCAAUACUGGAUUAUUCACCGAUGCUGCAUUGCCAUUUGGUGGAGUAAAAGAAUCUGGUUUUGGUAGAGAAGGGUCACUUUAUGGAAUGGAUGAUUAUACUGUUAUUAAAUCAAUUACUUUAGGUAAUGUCUACAACUAA